GCUGCAGGGGCACGUUGGCGAGCAGGCGCUCGCGGCUCCAGCCGGGCGGGAGCUGAGGCUCGGGGACCGGUGUGCGGCUCGCAGCCGGACACUUGCCGCGGGCCGAAUGCGGCCUGCGGGUCCCUCCAGCCCAAGGCCUUGGGCUGCAGCCCCUGAAGCCCCGGCACUGAUCCAGCCCUGGGCUGAGGGGUCGGAGGAUGCAGUUUGGAGAGACGGGCGUGCGGCCGGGCCGUGUCACUGCGAGGGCGUGUCGGCGGUUGCCCGCCCCGAGAAUGUGGCUGAGGGAGGCUCCUCCUGGAGCUGCCGCCGGGGCGGGCCGGGGAGCGGCUCCUCCUGGAGCUGCCGCCGGGGCGGGCCGGGGAGCGGCUCCGGGGGCUGAUCCCGCUCUGCAGAAGCAGGAGCGGCCGGCGCAGAGAUUUGAGGCGGCAGAGCCGAACUCGGAGUCGCCAGGUUUUUGAAAUUCCUAAGUAUUUGGCCUUUUCCGAGUAAGAAAUAUGGAGAUGGAGAGGAUGAACAUGGAUAUGUCUGGUGAGGAGGAAGAGAAGGAAAACAAUGAAAGAAACUCUAGAGUUUGUACUACCUGUGACAAGAUUCAUGAGUCCAUUUCCAAAUGGAUGCUUCCUGAAAAUGCCAGAGGAACCUACCUGGAAAGAGCAAACUGUAUCCCUCCUCCCCUCUUCAUCAUUUCCAUUAGUAUAGCUGAGAUGGCUGUAUUCAUUUAUUAUGCUGUUUGGAAGCCCCAGAAACAGUGGAUCACGCUGGAUACAGGUGUCUGGAACAGUCCCUUUAUUUAUAGGCCUGACAAGAGGGAUGAAGCUUGGAGAUUCAUUUCUUAUAUGCUAGUGCAUGCUGGCAUUCAACACAUUUUAGGAAAUCUCUUUCUGCAACUUAUUUUGGGGAUCCCCUUAGAAAUGGUUCAUAAAGGGCAUCGGGUUAGUCUGGUGUAUCUCGCAGGAGUGAUUGGAGGUUCCUUGGCUAGCUCAGUCUGUGAUCCCCUCCAGGCUCUCGUAGGGGCUUCAGGAGGAGUCUAUGCUCUCAUUGGAGGAUACUUUAUGAAUGUUUUAGUGAACUUCAGAGAAAUGAUUCCUUUGUUUGGAGUCUUCAGAUUGCUCCUCAUCGGGAUUAUAGUUGGAACAGAUAUGGGAUUUGCUCUGUACAGAAGAUUUAUAGCUCCUGUGAAUGGGCCUCAAGUCAUUGAAAAAAAUCCUAAAUCGUGUAGGACCAAGCAGUGAUCCCUGAGGGACCCCACUGGAAACAGACCCGCUUAAUGAUGAUUCCUUUACAACUAAAUUUUGAGCCAAUUUUUAGUCCCUUGAAUGUAUGCCAUGUUAAUUCUAUAUCAUCGUCGUUUUUAAUCAAAAUGUCGUGCGGUACCAAGUCAAAUGCCUUCCAGAAGCUUGUGCAUAGUAGGUCAACACUAUUGCCUUUAUCAACCAAACUUGUAAUCUCAUAAAAAAAUAUUAAAUUAAUUUGUCAGGAUCUAUUUUCUAUAAACCCAUGUUGAUUUUCAUUCAUUACAUUACUCUCCUUUAAUUCUUUAUUAAUUGAGUCCUGUGUCAGCCAUUCCAUUGUCUUGACCAGGAUGGAUAUCAGUCUGAUCGAUAUCAGCCUAUAAUUACGCAAGUUACCCUGUUUACUCUUUUUAAAAAUCGGCACAACAUUACCUUUCUUCCAGUCUUCUGGAACUUCCUUGGUGCUCCAAGACUUAUUGAAAAUCAACAUCAGCAGUCUAAGGAGCUCCUCAGAUGGCUUUGUUAAAUCUCUUGGAUGCAAGUUAUCUGGACCUGCUGAUUUUAAAAUGUCUAAUGUUAGUAGCUUCUGUUUAACAUUUCCAGAGAUACUAAUAGAAUGGAAAGGUUUCAGAGUAGCAGCCAUGUUAGUCUGUAUCCGCAAAAAGAAAAGGAGUACUUGUGGCACCUUAGAGACUAACAAAUGCAUGCAUCUGAUGAAGUGAGCUGUAGCUCAUGAAAGCUUAUGCUCAAAUAAUUUGUUAGUCUCUAAGGUAUUAUUAAUUCUACCAUUUCCAUCUAGUAGUGGACCAAUACCAUUAUCAGGAUUUUUUUGUUCAUAAUAUAUUUUAAAAAAUCCUUCUUACUGUCCUUAAUUGUGCGAGCCAUAGAGUUCUCUCUGUGUCCCUUUACUUCCCUUCUUAAUUUUCUACAGUUCCUAACUUCUGAUUUAUAUUCAUUACUAUCAACUUCGCAUUUCUUCCAUUUGUUACUUUUUUUAUAGCUGCCUUCACUUCCCCUCUAAAUCAGGAGCCUUCUUUCUCAACUGUGGGAUUGUGACUUGUUAGGCAUCUAGUUAGGUGUCCUUUGAUGAUUACCAAUUAUCAUUCACAUUUUUCUGAUAAAAUUCUUCCUCCAAGCUACUUGGCUUAUAAAAGUUGAAGAUACAUUUGUUAACUUAACUUAAAUUUGUUAAAUAACUUAAAUAAUGUAUAGGCAGAGCUGGGAUGGGUGCUUACUAUAAUAUCUAUAUACAUUGAAAAAAGCCGUUACCUCUGUCUGAGACCAACAUUUUUGGUAAAUUUAAAGACGACUUUCCUUGUAGAAGCUGUAUCCAGCCAUGAAACAGGCUACAUAUUUAAUAAAAUAUUAUCUUUAUGGAAUACAGCAUUGCAUGUAGAUUUCUUCACUAUACUGCCAAUGUACUUGUGUAGUAAUUCAUGCAGGUAACUUACUACUGAUUAAGAUAACUACGGGUCUAUUUUAAACUCAGAGUAAGUAAAGCAAGACUUUUAUCUCUUGCUGUUUAUUGUUUAAUCACAAUGAACAUCCUAAAGGAAGUAUAGUUGUGUUUAAGAUUUACUAUGUACUUGAGCAUGGACAGCACACUUAUCUUUCAGAACAAAGGGCAGACAAGGGCACUGCUCUUGAACUAUUUAAAUUGUAAUAAAUAGCACAGUCCCCAUAAAUACAUUUUUAUGAAGAAUGGUGUGGGGAGGAAGGCUUGUGGUGGAAUAGUGGUUGAAGGCGUGGUAAACCAGGUCAGGAAUACUGUUCCGUUAUACCAUAGGGGCACAUGGUAUAAAGCAGGAAGGAAAUUAUGAUGUGCCUAGGCAUGCAUCUUGAGCACAGGCAUGGAGAAAAAUAGCCAGGAGCAAGGAGGGAGCCUAGAAGGUAGGAACCUGAAAAACAGACAGGGAGUUCCUAUAUCCUGUGCACACUGACUUUUAGUGAAUCAGUAGGGAACCAUGUUCCCUUGGAGUCAGUUCUGAAGGAAUGUCCCAGCAUGGCAUUAGGGACAUGCCAUAUUUUGGAUGAGGCAUAAAACUGUGAUCAAAGAUGUCAUGACUCUCUUCAUAAAAGUAUAUCCACAUUCUAGCCAAAUUCCCAGUUCUGAAUAAUUUAAUUCUACCUCCCUAGAUUCAUGCCUGCAGUUUUAAUUUGAUAUGUAGCUGUACACUACUAAACAGCUACUGCCUUCCAUCAGAGUAGCUACAUUUAAAUACUAAUGAUCCCUAUGUAUUCUUUACCUAUCUCAUAGGCAUGCGUUAAAGCUAAAGUAAUAGUUAUAAGUGCUUUCAAAUCCUUGGAUGAAUAAUGUUACAGAAGUGCUGGUAUUCCUCAGUCUUGAAAUGUAACUUAACAGUUUACUUCUUUUUCU